GUAUGAUUAAUAAAGAGUGCUAAAAAGAAUCCUGACAUCAGUUUGGCAAGAUCAACGUAAUACCAUGAACAGCUUUGUUGGAUCUAUCGUUGUACUCUCUGGCAUCGCCAGCAGCUUCAAAGUUAUUGCCCUCAGUGAGGCAGUUAAUAAUGAGCAAAUGACUGAUGAUUUAAAACACUUUUGCAAGAUUAACAACUGCCAAACAGACCCUGAUAUAAAUUUUCUGUUCAACUGGAAAAGCGUUCUCGAACCAUGCAAAUUAAAUAUCUCAUGGGUGGACAGAGAUCAGAGAGCGGAACUAAACGGUAUGGAGACAAGUGCAAAGAGAACUUCAGUAAUUAUGGAAAAUAUCAACUUUGUGAACUCGUACAGCAGGAUAAUAAUACAAACAUAUACAGAUGGUGGUAUUAGAAAAACUGUCGGUGGUGACUCGUGGCGAGCAACAUUACGCGGCCAAACAACACUGAGUGACGAAAGAACAAGGCAGAUGGCUUACGUGAUAGAUCGCAUGGAUGGGACAUACGAAAUUACGUUUUGGGUUCACGAAGUAGGGACGUAUCACUUGGAUUUGUUACUGCAAUAUUCAAUGUGCAACGGACUAAGAGAUCCUCCAAUUGGCUGGUUUGAGAUGGGCAAUAAGCAGGGUCAAAAUCAGCCUGAAAGUCUGAUGAGAAAUAACACUGAUUGGCUGUUCAAGGCAGUUUCAUUCCCAAAGUUUGAAGUCAAAGGGUGUGACGAGAGGAUGAGAGAAGAAGGAAGCGAGCCUUGUGGCAUAUCAACUGAUUCCGACAAACUGAGCCACACUGAUGCCAAAAAGCUUAGUACCUGUCGGUUAAUCUGGAGACACUUUUGGCACUGGAAGGACAUAAAAGGUAAUAUUCAAUGGUUUCCUGAAAGAGAACGAUAUGAGAGCCUCUCUGAAAGCCUAACUGAUAAAUACGAUUUCUUGUGGGCAUACGGAGAUUCUCUUUGCGAACGAUGGUGGUACACACCAUUUCGACAAAUGCUGUGCCGGAGAGCAUUCAGGUCAUGUGACCACACAUACACUCAUACCUAUGAAGAUAGAGAUAGAGGGCAAAAGAUACCAGCUGGUCAGAAAUUCAACAAAACGCAAUUCUUCUCACCAAUAAAGAAAAUAUUAUACGACAAAAGAAUGACAAACAACAGUGUAUUGAUCAUUAACUUUGGGCUGCACCUGAUUACCGGCCUAAAUAUCAAAGAAUUAAAAGAUGUUGUCGAUUCCUUUGCUAGCAUUAUCUUGGAAUUGCGACGUGAAAAAGGCAAGUUUGGCGCAGCGAAAGUAAUCUGGAAAACAACAACAUGUGCGGUCUUAGAAAACAGUAAACAUCCUUUUUAUGGCAGAUUUUUCCUGACAAACCAGCGAAUUCAGCUUUUCAAUUCCUACGCUAACUGGAAGCUAUGCUCCAUAGGAGUUGAUAUAUUUGAUGUAUAUAGCAUCACUGCCUCAUAUCCAAAGGGCACACUUGAUGGGCUACACUUUGAAAGUGAAGUUUUCAAUCCAACUGAUAACGCCUUGGCGAAAUUUUUAGCGGAGAUGAAGCGAUAGAGAUUCAAUUAGUGAACAGGUUCAUUGACAAAAACUGAUCUUGUCUUAGCCUUAGCUUCAGACACCAAACUAUUCGUGUUUAAUGCUAUACACGUUUUUGGAAAUUUGAAAUUUGAAAUUCUUAUUACGUGAAUGGGUAUAACAAAUUUAGCUAGUUGUACAUAAGAAAAAUCAUUAUCUGAAAUUAUCAGAGAUUUGUCAGGAAUUAUCCUGUUCAUUAAAUAAUUGCCGUUUGACCAUAGUUUGACUCGGACCGAUGUCUUGGCAAUGUCAAACCGUCCUGAUUGUUCUAUCCAUUUUUUUGAACCCGUGAGAAAAGUGCACCAUAUCACAUUAGGGUAAAGGCUCGCAGAGGUAAUUUGCUCGCUUCACAGCAUUCGCUGUAAACCAUUAACAUGAUUUCAUGAUAUAUACUAUAGUUUCAUUAUUUUCUUCUCAAGAAAUCCUUUCUCUAAAUGUUUUCCGUCAAUGAUAUUUAGGACUUGCCUAUUUUUAUAAGACCCACGAAUGUUCAUACCAAAGAAUACAUUAUAUCAUAUGAAAAAACCACUAUCGAUUUGAACUGUGUUUGGGCAUAUGCUGGAAAUGUAUAAAGCCUACAGACCUUUGAACAAACGCUGGUUCUUCUCACAAAUAAGUCAUGAAAGAGUCGGAACGUACUGACACUAAUUUCCUACCUGGCAUAUUUACGUUUUACUUUAGUAAAACAUAAUAAACUUAUAUCAUAUGAAUUGCCAGAUGAUGAUUAAGUGCAAAACUCGGAGUAGUAAUUUACAGGCGUCCUGUUCUGUAUACCAAAAGCGUGUACAGCCAUGUAUAUACGGCAUAGAACAUUUUAUGACAGACCAGUGAACAGUAAUUUUAAUUACUGUAAAUUCUCUGUUUAGCCCCCCGUCUCAAUUAAGCAACCUCUCUCUCCCCCUUUUCAGAAGGAAAAAUUUAAU